UGUCAUCCAGAAUAGCGAGAUAAGCUCCUCCCUCUCUCUCACUCACUCACUCACUCACUCACUCUCUCUUUGCCUCUCCGUCUCUGUUUCUAAAGAACCGGACGGUCCAUUCCCAGAAGAGCUAUACCUCCUUCUCGCCCAAUUUUCGCUGUAAAAGAUAAGAACGUAUAUAUCCGAGAAUCCGACGAUUUAUUUAUUUCGAAGAGGACCUAAAAGUAUCUGCUUCAGUCGAAAUAUCAAUAUUGAGAAAAUAAUUAAAUAGAUACACAUAUUUUUUUCACAAACAAGAACUCCUCCAAAUGCACAAAGCCCUCUGAGCAUUUAAAGACCGGACACGACUUUAGAAGAUUUCAAUUUUUAAUCAGGAUUUAGAGAACCGAUAUAGGUUCCUGAAGAAAUCGAUGAAUAAAAUUUUGCGUAAAGAGAUUCCGGUUUUUAAUUAAACAGUUGGAUUUAGAUAUAUAGACGAGGCUUUAGAAAUCAAUUUCAUCGAUCUGUUAAAUUCCAUCGAUCUACUUGAGAAUCCUAAAGAAUUUUUGGAUCGUUCAAGAAUCCACGAGCUUCCUGAAGAAUUUUCCAACAAGAAGAUGCGACCAAGUAAUUCGAGAACCCUUGUAAACUUGUAAUAAAUAAUAAAACCUCUCGUAAUCGUUAGUCAAUGUUGAUGAAAAUCGAAGUAUCGACCUAUAAGAGCUACAGUUUGGAAGCUCUUGCCGUCGUCGAGACGGUUGAUAGCCACGAGAGAUCCUUACAAUGGCCAGCGAAAAGGCAUCAAACCAAUACAGGACAUCGUUACCAGUUCCGGGUCAUUCCGAAAUAAAUCUCUGCUCGAUGACGCUGCAGCUGGGCAAGGACAUCAGCAAGACCAGCAUGCCAGUCAUCUUCAACGAGCCCCUCUCGUUUCUGCAACGCGUCGCGGAGUAUAUGGAAUAUGCCAAAUUGCUCAAACAGGCAGCCCAGGAACAGUCGCCUAUUUCCAGACUACAGUACGUCGCGGCUUUUGCUGUGAGUGCCCUCGCUUCGAACUGGGAACGCUUUGGAAAACCCUUCAAUCCGAUCUUAGGCGAAACGUACGAGCUGCAACGCGAGGACUUCCGGAUAAUAUGCGAACAGGUCUCGCAUCAUCCUCCGGUGUCCGCAUUUUAUGCCGAUAGCGAGGAUUUCAUCUUUCAUGGCAGCAUUCAUCCCAAAUUGAAAUUCUGGGGAAAAUCCUUGGAGGUGCACCCGAAAGGAAUUGUCACGGUUGAACUACUUAAAUGGAAAGAGGCUUACACUUGGCAAAAUGUCAAUUGCAUACUUCACAAUGUUCUGGUGGGACAAUUGUGGAUGGAACAAUCGGGCCCUUUGGAGAUCAGACAACACGGAGGAGACAAUUUGAAAGCUAAACUAUGUUUUAUUAAAAGCACCUUGAACGGCAAGGACAUUCAUCGCGUCGAAGGUUUCAUAACGGAUCAGGAAAAAAGAAAGUUACUUUUUCUUUAUGGCAAAUGGAUUGAAAUUUUACGAUCCUGUGAGCCAUCUUUGUAUGAAGAGACACUAGAGAAGCUCAGAAUGGAGGCGAAAAGCCCACAGGGUAGUCCAGGACACAAAAAGGUCCUAGCGAAACUUCACAGUCUCAAGGUCGGAGCUUUUAAGCCCUUACAUCAGGACGCGAUAGACGAGUCUUUGAGUACGGUUGUCGAUGACAUUCCAAUCGUGGAGGAAAUUCCAGGAUCUAUUACAUUGUGGGAAGCCACACCGAGACCUAGCAAUAGUUCGGAUUACUAUCAGUUUACGACAUUUGCAAUGUCACUGAAUGAGCUAGAACCGGAUAUGGAAGAGGCCCUGUGUCCGACCGACUCCAGAUUAAGGCCGGACAUCCGGAAAUUGGAAAAUGGUGAUCAAGAUGGUGCCGCGUCUGAGAAAGCUAGGCUCGAAGAGAAACAGAGGGAUACCCGCAAAGCGCGCAAACAGAAGAAAGGACACGAAUAUAUUCCCAGAUGGUUUCAAUCCGGCACGAAUCCUUACACAGGUCAGGAAGAUUGGAUAUAUCGGGGCGGAUAUUGGGAUCGUAAUUUCACCGAAAUUGAGGACAUCUUUUAAGGAAGUUUCUUUAGUUUUCCAUUAACGCCCGCGAGGAUCGAUAAUCGGGCGUCUUAUUAGUGCAAAAUUAUAAAUAAAUUGCCUAAGAGGUUUGCGGGCGCGUAGAUCGAUAAUAGACGCCUUUAGAGAUCGAUGUCUUUGUGUAAUAAAGUAAUUAACCCUUCUGUUAAUGAACAGAUACCAAGAUAUCCAAAUAAUUUUAAAUGCUAUAAAAAUAUGUUGAAACUUCUCUUUAUUUCUGACAACACAUCACAAAAGACCGAUUUGUAUUCGGAAACCUAAAAUAUAACGAAAACGAAUUUUCAAUAUCCAGCAACUGCUAAAAAAUUAAGAAAUUAAAUAAAAAUUUUAUUUAUAUAAAAAAUUUAUA